GCUCCUCCCCGAGCAGCAGCUGGCCGGCCACUCCCUGCGCGUCGAGCCUGCUCGGGCAGCCUUCGGGUUCCUGCGCCCUGGGUGCCGCGCCGAAGCCUCGCCCCCGACGACGCCCCAAAGGCUGUUCGGCCGCGGGCCCCUCCCAGCCAGGCCUCGCGCGCUGGUUCUGGUCGCAACCGGGAAGCCCUCGGCCUCCUGUGACUUUCCUGGGCUGGGCCUCCCCAAGCCUCCAGGACCAUGCUGCGUUGGCUGAGGGGCUUUGUGCUGCCCGUGGCGGCUUGCCAGGACGCGGAGCCGCCGACGCGCUACGAGACCCUUUUCCAGGCACUGGACCGCAAUGGGGACGGCGUAGUGGACAUCGGCGAGCUGCAGCAGGGUCUCAAGAGCCUGGGCAUCCCGCUGGGCCAGGACGCCGAGGAGAAAAUUUUUGUUACUGGAGAUAUCAACAAGGAUGGGAAGCUGGAUUUUGAAGAAUUUAUGAAGUACCUUAAAGACCAUGAGAAAAAAAUGAAAUUGGCAUUUAAGAGUUUGGACAAGAAUAAUGAUGGAAAAAUUGAGGCUUCAGAAAUUGUCCAGUCUCUCAAGAUAUUGGGUCUAACUAUUUCUGAACAACAAGCAGAGUUGAUUCUUCGAAGCAUUGAUGCUGAUGGGACAAUGACAGUGGACUGGAAUGAAUGGAGGGACUACUUCCUAUUUAACCCUGUUACAGACAUUGAGGAAAUCAUCCGUUUCUGGAAACAUUCUACUGGAAUUGACAUAGGGGACAGUUUAACUAUUCCAGAUGAAUUCACAGAAGAUGAGAAAAAGUCGGGGCAGUGGUGGAGGCAGCUUCUGGCAGGAGGCAUCGCGGGAGCGGUCUCGCGAACAAGCACCGCCCCUUUGGAUCGCCUGAAAGUAAUGAUGCAGGUUCAUGGUUCAAAAUCAAUGAACAUAUUUGGAGGCUUUCGACAGAUGAUAAAAGAAGGAGGCGUCCGUUCCCUUUGGAGAGGAAAUGGCACAAAUGUCAUUAAAAUUGCUCCUGAGACAGCUAUUAAGUUCUGGGCAUAUGAACAGUACAAGAAGUUGCUUACUGAGGAAGGACAAAAAGUAGGAACCUUUGAGAGAUUUAUUUCUGGUUCCAUGGCUGGCGCAACUGCACAGACUUUCAUUUACCCCAUGGAGGUUAUGAAAACCAGGCUGGCAGUGGGCAAAACUGGACAAUACUCUGGAAUAUAUGACUGUGCCAAGAAGAUUUUGAAACAUGAAGGCUUUGGAGCUUUUUACAAAGGCUACGUUCCCAAUUUAUUAGGCAUCAUACCUUAUGCAGGCAUAGAUCUAGCUGUGUAUGAGCUCUUGAAGUCCCACUGGCUUGAUAAUUUUGCAAAGGAUUCUGUAAACCCUGGUGUUGUGGUGUUGCUGGGAUGUGGUGCCUUAUCCAGCACCUGUGGCCAGCUGGCCAGCUACCCCUUGGCUUUGGUGAGGACUCGCAUGCAAGCCCAAGCCAUGGUUGAAGGAGCCUCACAGCUGAAUAUGGUUGGCCUCUUUCGAAGAAUAAUUUCCAAAGAAGGAAUACCAGGACUUUACAGAGGCAUCACCCCAAACUUCAUGAAGGUGCUCCCUGCUGUAGGCAUCAGUUAUGUGGUGUAUGAAAACAUGAAGCAAACUUUAGGAGUAACCCAGAAAUGACAAGUUGAAGUUUUUGCUUUCGCAAAAUUUGCCUAUUGAAAUUUUCAACAGUCUCUGGAGUGACUUCUACAAUUGUGAUGAAUCUAUGGCAAAGGAAGUGGCAUAUAUUUUUUUCACAAUAGUAUAUCAGUGAUUACUAAGAUGUUUGGGCUCAAUUUUAUGUAUACAGAAAUAUUAAAAAUCAUAGUUUUAUUAAGUUUUAAGAAAGUCACAAAAUUGAACUUUGUGUUUUCGGAUUAGUCCUUCUGCAGAUCUGUGCCCUGACUCCUAAAACUGAAAAUGUACUUGCUUGAACUAAAUUUUUUUUGCAUGGUAGAAUUAAUAAAUCAAUCUCUAUUCUAGUUGAUUCAAAUUUAUGCAAUUCCUUUAUACCUAAAUGUCUUUUAAAAAUUAUCAGAAAAUCUUAUGACUUAAAUUGUUCUACAUUUUAAAUGCCUUUAUAGACUUUUCUCAUAGAAUCAUUAAUAGAAAAUCAUCAUACUUAAAGUUUAUUUUACAGCAGUUAAAUAAAUAUAGGGCUUAUAACCCAAUAUUUCUUUAAUCAGAGUAGAAAUGGACAUAAGUGACAGAAUUUGUAAGGAGGAACAAUGAAAUAAUAUUUAUUUCAGUGGGCACAUUUCCAUUUUACUUACACUAUUAUUUGGUUCCUGGGAUUAUACACUGUCAUAUAAUACUGUUAAAUCAUCAACAUAGGCAAUUUAUUUGAAAGAGUCCAUUUAUUCUGUCAUAACUUUGAAAAACAUCAGGGAGACAAAAGCAUUUUCUUAUAUCCGUUUCUGAAGAGCAUCUCUACUUUGUUUCUCCUUGGUUUCCUACUUUCAGUCAGAUUCUGUUUAAUCAGGAAGGCUCCUUUGGACAAUUCUUAGUAAUCUGGAAUUUCUUAAUGACAUGAAGUGAGUUGAUCAUGGGUGAGUGACAUGCUCAUUUCUUCCUUACUGUUGAAUAUUUUUGAACUAGCCAUUCUCAGUUUGGGUGGCCCAAAGCUAAAAGGGUGUAGUACACAUUAGUAUUAAUAUAUAUUAAUCUUACACAUGAGAUACUUAUUUAACUGAAAGACACAAUUUGUAAACAUUUAAAUCCAUAUUUUCAUUUAGAACAUGAUAGUUUUAGGAACAUGAUAGAAAAAUUGAUUUAUAAUAUUGGUAACAUUCUAAAAUCUUACUAAAUCCAUUUUUUUGUAGUCAACUAUCUUUUCUGAUUUGUGAUAAAAACCAAAAUUUAUUAGUUGAAGUUAUUUUUAAUACUUUUUUCAUUUAGUUCCUGUGCCCAUUUAAUUUCUAGUAAUUUCUGUUAUAAAUUGACAACACUUUCAUGAAAAUCUAGUGAUAUAAUAGGUAUUUAUGUUAUUUGAAACUACCUCUUUUAUUUUUUGAACCAAAGAGAAAGAUGGACUUGUGUUUGUGUAACAUAUUCUAAAAUACAGUUCAUUUACAAAUGCCUGAUAAAUGUCUCAGUAUUUUCACACUGCACUCACUAUAAGCAUGGCAUUCUAUCUGUAGGGUUAUUUGUACUUUUGAGUGAUACAUAAAAUGAUAAUAUUAACGUACAUGAUUAGUUCUUUUUUUACUCAAAAUUAUGAGAAUGAAUGAUUCCAUUAUCAUUUUUUAUAUUUCAAGCUGGAGAAAAAUAUGAAAAUAUUCAGACUUCAUUGUGAAUUUGAAUUGUUCCAUGUUGAACAUUUGUGUGAAUGUGAUUUAUCUGCAUCUUGUAUCUUUUGAAAAAAUGAUUUUGUAUCUUUGGAAAAAAGCCCCCAGUUGAAGAUCGAGUAUUUUUGGUAUUACUGCAUAUUUACUUUCCAUUUAUAUUAAGAAAUGUUUAUAUUUAACAUGACUUGUUUCCUAAUUUUUAAAAUAAUUAAAAAAUAAAGCAAAAAUGGUCUUUGUUAAAGAGCUUA